GGGCGGCAUCCUUAAUUGUGUCCCUUCCUGUUCCACUGACGUUUCCACGGAAGAGAAAAUGCCAGACCCUGCAAAAUCAGCCCCUGCGCCCAAGAAGGGCUCCAAAAAGGCUGUGACCAAAACCCAGAAGAAAGGAGACAAGAAGCGCCGCAAGAGCAGGAAGGAAAGCUACGCCAUUUACGUGUAUAAGGUGCUGAAGCAAGUGCACCCAGACACGGGGAUCUCCUCCAAGGCUAUGGGCAUCAUGAACUCGUUCGUCAACGAUAUCUUCGAGCGUAUCGCCGGGGAAGCGUCACGGCUGGCGCACUACAACAAGAGAUCCACCAUCACCUCCAGGGAGAUCCAGACCGCCGUCCGCCUGCUGCUGCCCGGCGAGCUGGCCAAGCACGCCGUGUCCGAGGGCACCAAGGCCGUGACCAAGUACACCAGCUCCAAAUAGAAGCGGACAGAAGCCGGACACAAGGGGGGACGACAGUCACCAAAUCGCUCCCGAAAUGAUCUUUAAACCCCCUUCACUGUGUCGGAAAACUGCGUUUGUGAUUUUGCACCAUUGUCGUUUUCGGAGAGAGAGACUGGAUGCCAGUUGAAUCCAGGCCUUACGCUUGAAUGUGUUGAGAUAUAGUGGAACUGUAGCCUGCCAUUUUGUUUUAAAUCAUUGUUUCGUGUUUUGUUUUUGUUUGUUUUUUGAGCUGUGUAACGUUUUUAACAAAUCAUUGAAUAAAUUCAAAUGGAAUGUAUGUCGGUGCUCUUUAACUGUGGAAGUCUCUUUUGCUUUGCACCAUUUUAAUACUGAUUUAUACAUGCACCUUAGAAAAUGACCAACUUAAUUGUUUGUAAUGGCACAGUCGAAACAAACAUUUUGAGAUUAAAACUGUGACUUACUUCUA